AUGGCGAGAAGGACGGACCAGCAUAAUCGAACUCUCUGUCUCUCGGAUCGACCUAACAUUUUGCGUUCUCCACAAAAUCUACCCCACCUAGCCUACAACUUCGGUAUCGGUGGCGACAUCUUCCCCGGCUUCAUCGAGGAGGGCGUGGAAGUCUUGUCCUUGCCCCCGCGCAAGUUCCCCUUCCGGGAGAACCACAACAGGGAGUACGGCGAGGUGUGGGGCUUCUUCUUUGCAGCGCAGCACGCCGGGGAGACGUGCCCGCCGCCAGGCACGGGCAGGUACUGGGUGCAGUACGGCGCCGAGAAGGUGUACUACGGCCAGACCGGCUGGGAGGCGGUGGCGUUCCGGCGCAGGUUCGUGUACCGCUUCACGUGGAAGGGCGGGGAGGUAUGGUCGCCGACGCGCUGGCUGAUGAAGGAAUACCGGAUCAACAGGGACUCGGCCGCCUUCCGCCAUGCGUACCUAGACCCUAAGGCACCGGACGUCGUCUUCAUGGUGACCAAGGUCUACCGGAAGCCGGUGCUCCCCCCGCCUGUCGACAGCAGCUCCAGCGAGGAGGAGGGCUCUGAGCGCUCCAUCGUGCUGAACAGGAGGCGCUAGCAUUAUGCAACUGCAUGUUGAUUUCUUCAGCGUUGUUGUGUCUGUUUCUUAUUUCAUUUCAGUUCUGGAUUGUGCGCUCGAUCUAGUUGAUUGUUCCGCUUUGUUCAAAGUACAGGCGUAAUGAGCCUCCCUUGCAGCAUAUGUAGAACAGUUCGGACGUA